AUGGCGGCACACGGCGCCAAUGGCGAGGCCUCUGUCGGCUCCAGUGAGCCCCGACAAAAGGGAAAGGCUACCCCGGAAACAAUCAGAGCAGGAUGCAUCGCCAUGGUCAAAAAAGAAGGCAUCCCCCGUCGAGCCGAGAUUCUUAGCAUCAAAGAAACGAAGAGCGGUCGCCAAUUUUACUGCAACUUUGACAAUUUCAACAAGCGUCUCGACGAAUGGGUGCCGACGAUCCGAAUCGAUUUCGACCAAGAUGUCGAGUGGCCAUUACCCGACAAGGACAAACCGAAAGAUCCUAAGACGAAGAAAGGUGUUGCCACGUCAAAAAAUAAGGUCUCAAAGAAAUCUCAGAAGCGACCUUCGAAGAGGGAGCAAUCUGCGCCUUCAGAGGCCGCGACGCCGCACCCAUGGACCGAGUUCGUCGAGUCACAGAGCCGUAAGAUGACGCCGACGGCCGAGGAGAGCCAAAGCCAGACCCCGGCCACAGCUACGGGCGAUGCAACGGCUACCCCCGCAGCUGGAGGCGAUGAAAUGGAAAUUGACCUGGAGGAGGAGGUCCAGAAGAAAGAUUUACUCAGUGGCUUCAGCCGAGAAGACGAGAUCGAGAAGUUGAGGACACACGGCUCUAUGACGCAGAAUCCGGCCGAGAUCUCCCGAAUUCGAAAUAUCUCCAAGGUCCAGUUUGGAAAGCACGACUUGUUCCCAUGGUACUUUUCCCCAUACCCUGAAGUAUUCAACCAGGAAGAUGUUAUUUUCAUCUGCGAGUUUUGCCUCGGGUACUAUGGCGACGAAAAAUCCUUUGUUAGGCACAGGCACAAGUGUACUCUGCAGCACCCUCCUGGAAACGAGAUCUACCGCGACGAGUCUGUCUCUUUCUUUGAGAUUGACGGCAGACGGCAGCGCACCUACUGCCGUAACCUGUGUCUCUUGUCCAAGAUGUUCCUUGACCACAAGACACUAUACUACGAUGUCGACCCCUUCUUGUUCUACGUCAUGACGAGUCGAAGCGAUAAGGGCUGCCACAUUAUCGGUUACUUUUCCAAAGAAAAGGAGAGCGCGGACGGAUACAACGUAGCUUGUAUUUUGACUCUGCCCCAGUACCAGCGCAAAGGUUAUGGUCGAUUGCUCAUCCAGUUCUCGUACGAACUAUCAAGGAUCGAAGGCAAGCUUGGUUCGCCAGAAAAGCCGCUUUCUGAUUUGGGUCUGCUGAGUUAUCGGCAAUACUGGGGUGAGAACAUCUUGGAUCUCAUUGUGGGUUACAAUGAGCGCGAUGAGAAGACUACGAUUGAAGCCAUCUCGACGGCUCUUGCCAUAAUUCCGCAGGACGUGGAGCACACCUUACAGGCGCUUAAGAUGCAGGUGUAUCACAAGGGAGAGCACAAGAUCGUGAUUCCCGAGAAGCUGAUCCAGCAGAGGGAGAAGCAGAAGGUGAAGCAGAAGCGAUUGAUUGACCCGAGCAAGAUCCAAUGGAAGCCACCAGUAUUUACGGCUUCUACGAGAACAUGGGGUUGUGUAAACACUCGCAAGCUGCCACUGAAUUUUGAUCCACACUCAGCACCUCGACGAUCCUUCUUCACCUCGGCAAAUUCUCUCUCAUCAUCAAGCAUGAACGCCCCCUUGCACAAGAAGCCAAUCAACCUCCUCCGAGGCUGGCCCUCGCCAUCCCUCCUCCCAGCCGCAGCCCUCUCCGCCGCGGCCGUAAAGACCCUCGCCGACCCCGCCGCCUACGUCCCGGGGCUCCAGUACGGUCCGGACCCGGGAUACCAGCCUCUCCGCGAGUCCAUCGCCCGCUGGCUGGCGGCAUUUUACCCCGCCGUCGACCCCGCACCUCCGUCUGCCGCGGAUGAUGCCACCACCACUACUGUCGCCGCCGGCCACCACGCGCCCGAUGUCCGGCGCAUCUGCGUCACGGGCGGUGCAAGCCAGAAUCUGGCUUGUAUCCUUCAAUCUUUCACUGAUCCGCUUUACACGAAGAAUGUCUGGAUGGUGGCGCCGUGCUACUUUCUCGCCUGCCCCAUCUUUGCUGACGCUGGGUUCGACGGACGUCUAAAGGCAGUUCCUGAAGAUGAUGAUGGUAUUGAUAUCGAGUACUUGAGAAAGGGGCUCGAGGCCGCAGGAGAAGGCGGCGAUGAGCACUUCAAAGAAGCCAAGAAGAGAAAACUCUACCGCCACAUAAUCUACCUUGUCCCAACCUGCUCCAACCCAACAGGCAAAACAAUGUCCCUCCGCCGUCGCCACGAGCUCGUCCUCCUCGCCCGCAAAUACGACGCCCUCCUCGUCUCAGACGAUGUCUACGACUUCCUCCAAUGGCCCCUCUCCACCCCUCCUCAGCCAGGCUACACCGCCGAAAUGCGCAUCCCCCGCCUCGUAGACAUCGACCGCAGCCUAGGCGUCCCCGACGCCUCCUUCGGCAACGCAGUCUCCAACGGCUCCUUCAGCAAGAUCGUCGCGCCCGGCGUGCGCACGGGGUGGGCGGAGGGCAGUCCUGCGUUCGCAUACGGGUUAUCACAGACGGGGUCAACGUGUAGCGGUGGCGCGCCGAGCCAGUUGGCUGCCAUGAUGGUCGCGGAGCUGCUUGAGAGCGGGGAGCUGCAGAGGCAGCUUGAUCAGGAGACGCGUCCUGCGCUCGCGAGACGACAUGGGGCUAUGAUGCAAGCGAUUGCGGAGUACAUCCAGAAGCCGCUUGGCGAGGGUGUCGUUGUGCGCGGGUCGGCGUUGAAGGGGGCUGAGGUGUUUGGCGGGUACUUUGUGUGGUUUAGUUUGCCUGAGGGUAUGUCGAGUCGGGAGGUUGCUGUGAGGGCUAAGGAGACGGAGAAUCUGGUGAUUGGGCACGGUGCGCAGUUUGAGGUGCAUGGGGAUGAGGACGCUGCGAGGUUCGAUCGGGAGAUUCGAUUGUGUUUCUCGUGGGAGCCGGAGGAGGACGUCGUGGAGGGUGUGAAGAGGUUGGGAGCGGUGUUGAAGGCUAUGAAGGAUGGUGUUAAGUGGAAGUCCUCGAGUACGUUGGAUGUAGAUAAUGUCAAAUAA